ACCGAUGUGAAUUUCGCCCGAGGUUGGGAGUUGUUCAGGAAAAGAUGGCGUCAACAGACAAGCUCUCGCGUCGCUACGAGUCUAGGGAUAAUUUUCAUGGUUCAGACGGUGGCAAAUAUGGCAAAGAAUCAAAAUAUGACGAUCCUCCUCAUUCACGAUUGUUUAUUGUGUGUGGAAAGUCCAUCACUGAAGAGGAUUUCCGUGAAAGUUUCUCUAAGCACGGCACCAUCGAGGAAAUAUGGGUAGUGAAGGACAGAAACACCGAUGAACCCAAAGGUGUUACAUACAUAAAAUUCUCCAAAACCUCUGAAGCGGCACUUGCUAUGGAAGAGAUGAAUGGCCGUUGUAUUGGAGGUCAUCCAAGACCCCUCAAGGUUCUCAUUGCACAUAGGAAGAUCUCUGGUCGACAAGACCGUCAUGCAGGAGGCCUGGUUAGAGACUGGGCCACGGGGACACUAAUCCCUGGAUCCAACUCAAGCCGUGACCAAGGUUCGCGACGCGACAUGAAUGAAGAAGAAAGACUCCUUCGUCUAUUUGUUGUAGUUCCCAAGUCUCUUUCUGAAUCUGAUUUAAGGGAGCAUUUUGUCCAGUUUGGUGACAUUGAUUACGUCUCCAUAGUGCGUGAUCGUAAUACAAGAGACAGCAAGGGCUUUGCUUAUGUCAAAUAUCACAGAAUGUCUCACGCAGCCAAAGCAUUUGAAAGCUGUGACCGAACCUUCAAACCAGUAUUUGCUGAUCCCAAACCCCAGAAAAGCGAUGGGCUCAAGUUUGAUGGAAGUGGAAGAGACCUCAGAGGGGAUCUCCGAGGCAGCGAUGGAGGAUAUGGGUACUCAUCAGGACCUAUUACACCCCAUCUCAAUAACCAUCAUUCACCUUUUGAUGCCAUUUCUUAUAUGGACACAAGUGGGCUAAAUCCUGAGGGUGUGACGCGGCUGACUGUUAUUGCUUCGCCGACCCUCAACCAGGACCAGCUCUGGAAGUUGUUUGACCUUAUCCCCGGUCUUGAUUACUGCGACCUGAGGAAAGACCGCAAGUCUGGACAGAUGCUCCAUCAUCAAGCACGUGGGGUUGCUACCGUGGUGUAUAACAAUACCCAAUCUGCAACUUAUGCCAAGGAAAAGCUUCAUGGAUUUGAAUAUCCUCCUGGCCAACGAUUAAUUGUCAAAUUUGAUUCUCACCAUGACAUGCCUCCAGGGCCACCACCAAUGAUGCCAGGCGCUCCGGGAGGCCCACCGUUUGCAGGUUUGCCUCGAGGUGUAACAGGUGCUCUAGCCCCCCACAAUGGUACAAUGGGAGGAAGUCCUCCUGGCAGUAUGAAUGUAGGCCCCCAGUCACUCUCUGGUGGACAGCCAAACAGCAAUAUCCAACAGAAUUUAGCACAGUUAGCUGAGACCAUUGCCCAAGCAACAUCUCUCAUACAGGCUGCAGGACUAAAUCAGGGACCUGGGAAUGUGAACAACAUGGGAAGUCCAGGACAGCUUGGUGGAGGGGAAACAUAUGACCCAUCUUACUGUUCCGUGAAGCUACCUCCUCCCCAGCCACUUGCACCCGUUGACUCUGCUGUUGCCGAGAGACUAUUUAUUGUAUGUCAUCCAUCACCACCUCCCAUCUAUGCUUUGAAAGAUGUUUUUGGAAGAUUUGGGAAUCUCAUUGAUAUCUACAUGCUAAAUGGCAAAACAUUUGGUUAUGCAAAAUAUUCUGCUAAAGAAUCUGCAGACAAGGCCAUUGUGGUGUUGCAUGGUCAAGAGGUCCUAGGUUCCCGUCUGAAGGUUAUGGAAGCUGAUCCACAUGAUAAAGCCGAUUCUGGCCGCAAGAGACUCCGUAUUGAUGACCAGAGCUGAGUCUUCUAGUGCAAGGAAAGAGCAGCGUGUUGACAUCGUGACUACGCCGACUACACAACGGACAGUUACGGACAGCCAACACAGCGACCUAAUACUACCCUAACCAACCAACGAUCCAAUGAACCAACCAACCCCCUGUACCUUUAGACAACCACUUCCAACAGUCAUGUUCCCAGUGACGCCAAACACUUGCGUAAAACAAACUCGCAAAUGACUUGCCCCUGGGGCUGCAGUGCACAUCUGACUACAUACAGGUGACUUAAUUGUAGAUAAAUGUGCAGGCAAAUGCACAUGUAUGACAUUAUUAAUUUAUGUAUAUUUUUUUUACUAAAAUAUGUAUAAUGUCUAAAUUUUAAUUGUUUGACUUAUCAAGGAAGUGUUGAUGUACAAGGUCAUAUAUGUAUGGGAAACGGUCCAUUCUUGUUUAACAAGUGAUGCAUUGUAGAUUAGCUGAUAUCCAGUAUAGUGGGUAUAAUUCAUGAUUCAUUAUUAAAAUCAGGUAAAAAUUUGCUGCAAUUUAUCCUGUUUUUUUUCUUUUAGCAGUCUUAUCUAGUAUUGUCAAACUUUUUAUAGAUUCAGUAAUUAUUCAAAUAAUGAAUGUGAUAUAUUAGGUGGCUUAUUAUUCAUCAAUUUAAUGAGUGUAGUUUUCAGUACAUUUAUAUGACUGAACUUUUAUGAAACUACUGUACCUAACAAGAUUUUGAUUCGGGUUUUUUCUUUGAAUUGUCUUAAAUGGAGGCAAGUUUUAAUCUAGCUGUGCAGUAGAUUUGUCAGUUUUGGUCAUUGAAAAAUAGAUCACUGAAACUGUGUUAGAUCAGUUGUUGCCCUUGAAAAUAUUUGGCAACAGACUCCUCCUUGGGUUUUUUCCCCCCAUCUGACAAGCGUAUGAUCUUACUCGUCAUUGUUUUUUUGGCUAGUUUAGUUCUGUAAGACGACCUCUAUGACAAGGUUUUGCUGUUAUGCCUCACAUUCCAUAUUCAUCUCCAACUCUAAAACAGCUUUGCAGUAGUCCUGAAUGGAAGCAUUUCAUAGUGUUGUUAUCUUACCAGUAAAGAAUAGCAACAUAGUUAUAGAUCACUUUCUAGUUUGUAUAAUUGACUUGAAAUUGUUUCAAUAUUGCAAGGUAUGUUUGUGUUGUCGUCAUCAGGCGUUGCUCGUGUGUGCAGGAUAUAUUGGUCUUAUUUUGGAUGAUUUCUUGAUGCCUCUGAUCUGGUGUUUGUUAACCGUCUUGUAUUAUCUUGAGAAAUGUUUUGCGUGUAUAAACUACUUUUUAAAAUUUUUGUUAAGCAGCUUGUUAGGUAUAAUGUGUGCUUGAUGUUGCUGAUAUAAACUGCAUUCUCUUUAAUUUCAUUUCUAAGCUAAGGAUAUAUAUAUUUUUGUUCAAUUUUAGGUUGCAUCAAUUUUAUGCAAAAUAGAUUGAAGUUAUAUCUAAGAAUUUAAAGCUUGCUUGUUUUGCAAUUUGUCUGUCUUUUACAUGUAUCAAACUGAUUUUUUAAUUUAAAUUGUUUAUAAGCCAUGUCUAAAGCCUGUACUACUGCAUUCAAAAGUAGAAAUAAUGACCUAAUGACUCAGCAGACAGACUUGGGAACAGACUGAAAGAUCUGACAAAUACAUCCCAAAUCCCAGAGCCCAAAAUGACUUUAUUUAAAAAAAAAAAUGUAAAGUGGUUAAGAUUGGUAUGACUGGCAUGAAGACUUCAAUUGUUUGCUAUCUUUAUAUCUCCUGAAUAUUUACUUGGUUGGCUGUUGUUUCUUUGUAGAAAGAUUAAAACUGCCACAUUUUGUAAUCACAUAGUGGCUUUGAUGUUACCAUGCCAAGACAAACUUUAAAAAGGGGUUCUGGCAUUCUGACCUAAAACCAGUUGACCCAACAGUACGACUAAGGUAGUUAACAUAAUAAAAACUGUAAUGGAAUUUAAAAGUACCCCCUUUAUAUCGCCCACCUUGGUUUUCUGCUGAGUAGCACUACUUUCCUUCACUGUUUUUAUAAUGUGAACUGGCCAUGACUUUGAUCACUUGUACCUGUUUGGGAAGUUCAUUAAGUGUGUUCAGUCAUUUUAUUAAAUGAUGGACCAUGUGUCCCCAUAAAAUUAUUUAUGUAUAUAUUUAUUGAAUUGGUGAGAGAGCCAUUUAUUCUUGGUGACCAAAGGUGCACAAAUAAAAUAUUGUAGUUCAACUGCAUUUCCAUUAAACUGCUAAUGUCCCUUGUAAGUACUUGUGUUUUGUGCCAGGAAUAUGCUAGGUUUGUUGUUUGCCUCGAGCUUGGUUGUGUGUGUGUGAAAUACAGUACUGAUGUAUAUAGUAAUUUUUGUGGAAAUUCUGUUCAAUAAUUAAGUACCAGUUAAUUGCAAAGAAAUAUGCAAAAAUACAAGUGUUUUGUAAGCGUGUAUGUUUGACAGAAGCAAGCUAUUUGAGCAAGAUUUUUUCUUUGAAAAUUCCAUGUAUUUUCACUUAAAAUAUAAGGCUUAUUUACAUAUACAGGAAAUAACAAUGUAAAAUAAA